CGCUCCGGUUAACGGCAGAUUCCGCUCCGCGUAUUUUGACGUGGACUUCACGGCAUUGCGUCACGUUGAUGAAUUUGAAGUGAUGCUACCGAGAGGCGCAUCCGUCCGCUUAGGAUAAACAAAUCUGCGGCAGUCGCUGUCAUUUGCGUGCAGAACAACAGUUUACGGACCUCGCCGAAAAGCGUUAACGGAUUUUUGACGGCGUGAUGUAUUAGAAACACUGCUUAAAUCAGCGGGUGUGUGUGUAUGUGAGUGUGUUUGUGUACACUCGGUUUACACUCAGGUGGGCCGAGCGGGUUUUGCGCGUGUCGUCGGUGGACUCGCGCACCUAACGGUCAUAUAAACCCGCGCUCCCGCUCGGUAUGAUCGGUGAGGCUCAUGCACGCGCUCAUCCGUUCGAUAUCCGCUCCAUCCCGGGGUGUGACAGAUAGACACGGCUCCGCCGCCGCUGCGCCCAUGGCGGGUCCCGCAUUCACCGGCGCGCACGGGACCUGGAUCACACCCCGGUUAACGUUACGGGAGGACGCGUCAUCAUCUUCAUCUUUAUCCUCGUCAUCCUCGGCGGAGAAACCGCGCAAACGGAGAGCCUUUAACCUGGUCAAACUACGGCAGCCCACCGCCCCCGGUAACAACAACACGCCGUUUGUGAUCUCCGGUCACAUCAAGCACAUCUGCAGCAACUGCAGCCGCGGGAAUGACAUCCGGGACGCAGAGGGUGCGGAGCGCCUGGCGGCGAUGCGCUCAGAUUCUCUGGUGCCCGGCACACACACUCCACCCAUCCGCAGACGCAGCAAGCUGGCCAGUCUAGGACGACUCUUCAAACCCUGGAAAUGGAGAAAGAAAAAGAGCGACAAGUUCAAGCAGACGUCUGCAGUGCUGGAGAGGAAGAUGUCGAUGCGUCAGAGCAGAGAAGAGCUCAUCAAGAGAGGCGUGCUGAAGGAAGUCUAUGAGAAAGACGAGGUCAGCGGUGACAGUGCUCGUGUGUGUGUGAGUGAUCUGGAGAGACAGACGGUCCUCAGUCCAGUGUCAGAGUCUGCAGAGAGCAGCGUCACAGCCACAGUGUCGUUCUCAGAGGUGCAGUCGUCUGCUGAAGGUUUGCCGUGUCUCUCAGAUCUCGUCCCGAAGCCAUCUCAAGCCCCGCCCCCUGUGAAGCCGUUACAGAGUGACAGCGCUGACAUCAGUCACGUGAGGCCGCCGUCGCUCAAGCAGCCGCCAGCCUUACCGCCAAAGCCAUACAGCAGAAUCCCCAACCAUCUCACAGGUGACACACACUCACCGCUGGCGGAGUCCGGCGUUGCUGGUUUGAGUCCCGGCUCUGUUCUGCAGGCGGUGCCAUCUGUCCUGAUGGAGACUGAAGAGGAGAAGGAGAACAGAGAAUCACUGCACCAAACUCCUGCCGUCACACACACACACACACUGGUCACACACACCUUUAGCACGCGAGAGGAAGAGGACGAGGAGGAGGAAGAGGAUGACGACGAGUCACUGUUUACAAGUACACUCGCUUUGAGGAUCUUACGGAAAGAUUCUCUGGCGAUCAAACUGAGCAAUCGGCCGUCAAAGAGAGAACUGGAGGAUAAAAACAUCCUGCCCAUGAUGAGCGACCAGGAGAGACUCGAGUCCAGACAGCAGAUCGGCACCAAACUCACCCGGCGUCUCAGUCAGAGGCCGUCAGCAGAAGAGCUGGAGCAGAGGAACAUCCUCAAACCUCGUAAUGAGCAGGAGGAGCUGGAGGAGAAACGGGAGCUCAAGAAGAGGCUCUCCAGGAAGCUGAGUCAGAGACCCACUGUAGAGGAGCUCCGAGAGGCUAAAAUCCUCAUCCGCUUCAGUGAUUAUGUGGAAGUGGCAGAAGCUCAGGAUUACGACCGGCGAGCAGACAAACCCUGGACCAGACUGACCGCUGCUGAUAAG